GUAGCUUAUGAUUGAAAGUUUUGAAGCAUCGAGUAGGUAAACUGGCUGCACAAACGGUUCCUAUCAGCAAUACACUCUUGAGCACAAAUAAAAAGAGGUAGAAAAGGAUUGGCAGUUGGUCGUCAUGGCUAACAUAGGAGUCACAAUGCUCGCGCGAGUGUCGUUCUAUCCAACCUUGGUUUAUAACGUGGUAAUGGAAAAAAUUUCGUCCAGACGAUGGUACGACCGGAUAGAUGAAACCGUGAUUUUGGGAGCUUUGCCAUUCCGAACAAUGACAAAACAGCUCGUGCAUGAUGAGAAUGUAAAGGGAGUUGUUUCAAUGAACGAGGAUUACGAACUGUGGCUAUUUUCUAACGACAAAGAGGAAUGGCAAAAGCACAAUGUGGAAUUUCUCCAACUUUCAACAACAGAUAUAUUUGAAUCACCUUGCCAAGAAAAAUUAAGGAGUGGUGUCAACUUCAUCAAUAAAUUUCGAAUGCCCUUGACUAAAACUUCUGUAGCGAUGCAGGCUGACAACUCUUCUACUUCAAAUCCUUCAGCCACUGUAUAUGUGCAUUGUAAAGCAGGAAGGACACGAAGUGCUACACUAGUUGGAUGCUAUUUAAUGAUGAAAAAUGGGUGGACUCCGGAAGAAGCUGUCUCCUUUAUGAGAAACAAACGCGAACACAUAUUGCUACACAGGAUUCAAUGGGAUGCUUUAAGGACAUUUUAUGAAACUAACGUUAACAGGCCUGAAUCUUGACAAUGAUUACGUAUAUGCUAAAAUGCUUUCAAUUAGCUAUUGUUGUUGAUUCUGUUAAUGUGCUACUCGAAAGUUUCAUAGAAAUAGAAAAAUCCGUUGUUAUAUCAGUGAUUCAAGGACUUUUCUAUCAUCUGGUAAUUCCACAUCUUUGGAUAUGGUACGAUGAAAUAUAUCCAAAAAAUGAGUGAACAGAUA